GUCCCCCAGAGAUCUUUCAGUACUGAUCUCCUUUGCCUUUUGUGAAACAGACUAACUUGGCACUCUCAACUUUUGCAGAGGGUCUUAUCUAUACCUUUUAUUUUGUUUGUCGUCUAGAAGUUGUAACGCCAGCCAUCAGUGCAGUGCAGCCCAUUCUUCUUCUCCUUUUCUUUUUUAUACCUCUGGAUCUUUCUUCUCUUCUUUUUGGAUUCAAAACCUUCUCCGUCUGGUACUUCUUGAUUCAGAGAGCUCACCUUCCCUUCUCUCUCCCCCCAGUCUCCCAUCCCUUUUAGCUGUUCCUUUUUUUCUGGCUAUGCACCAUGCUGUCCUCCCCAACUGUAAUCCUUCAACCCUAUGGACUCCCUGUUUACCCCCAGACAGCUUCCUGCUACCCCAGCAUUGUACAGGGUGCCGCUGCCCAAGAGGCGGGGCCAGGCAAUGGUGACCCUUCACUUUCCCAGGUCUAUGCCCCGCCUCCAUCCUAUCCUCCACCUGGACAAGGCCCACCCACAACAGCUGCCCGGCUGCCUACCCUUGAUUUCAGCGCUGCUCAUCCUAACUCUGAAUACUCAGAUCAUCAUCAGUUGAGAGUCUAUCAGGGCUCUCAGCAUGACGGGACAGAGUCUAUAGCUGCCAAUAACACGGACAAUUCUUUAGUGCCUGUGACAUCUGACCCACAGUCUGUCAGUGUUUCUGGGGCAUCUGGAAGUGCAACAGGAAGUGGAACUGAGGAGGAAGGAGCUGGAAAGGCUCAACCUAAAAGACUCCAUGUUUCCAAUAUACCUUUUCGGUUUCGGGACCCAGACCUCAGGCAAAUGUUUGGGCAAUUUGGCAAGAUUCUAGACGUGGAGAUCAUCUUUAAUGAGAGAGGAUCAAAGGGGUUUGGAUUUGUGACAUUUGAAAGUGCAGUGGAAGCAGAUCGAGCGAGAGAGAAGCUCAACGGAACAAUCGUCGAAGGAAGGAAGAUUGAGGUGAACAACGCCACAGCGAGGGUGGUAACAAAGAAGCCUCAGACGCCAUUAGUGAAUGCUGCUGGGUGGAAAAUCAAUCCAGUAAUGGGAGCUAUGUAUGCCCCUGAACUUUACACAGUUGCCAGCUUUCCUUACCCUGUUCCCACUCCGACCUUGGCCUACAGAGGCUCUGCCCUCCGUGGACGUGGACGGGCAGUUUACAAUACAAUCCGCUCUGCAGCAGCCGCAGCCACACCAGCCGCAGUACCAGCCUAUCCUGGAGUGGUGUAUCAAGAUGGAUUGUAUGGUGCUGAGGUCUAUGGAGGAUAUCCAGCCACAUAUCGAGUGGCCCAGUCCGCCUCAGCAGCUGCAGCAGCCACAUACAGUGAUGGAUACGGAAGAGUGUAUACCACAGCAACAGACCCUUACCAUCACUCCGUGGGACCUACAACCACUUAUGGAGUUGGAACAAUGGCAAGUUUGUACCGUGGAGGCUACAACCGCUUUACUCCAUACUGAAUAAAAUCAGCUCUGUGACUCAUGUCUGACAACCAAAGAGACUUUCGCUUGCUGUGUGAACUGCUGUCUGCUGAGGAACCGUUUGGCCUUGAGAUUGUAAAUACUGGUGAUAUUUAUUAGGGAAAAGAGGUGAAUCCAGGCUGAAGAUAUAAUGAAUUAUAUUUAAGGACUUUUAUUUAAUUCUUAAUUUAAGAAAAUACCCCAUCCGAAAAAAGAAUAGUACUUACUUAUCAGACAGUGUCUAGCUGAUCAUGUUAUGUACAGUACAUACAGAUACUUUCAUAUUAGUGGUGUGAUAUCUAAGUUAUCAUUUAGAAGUUAUCGAGCCUCACAGGAAAAAGAGUCCCAAAAGAUUAAUUGUAUUACAACCUCUGGAUCUGUUGCACUGCCGACGGCUGAUAAACAAUAGAUAAAGACAGAUAGCUCUAGUGGAACUUUUCCCCAGACCGAGAAAUGCAAAACUCUGAACCUGUCUAGGAUGUAUAAGACUGUGUGCGUGUUGGAAUGUCUUUGGAGUGUCUUUGGAGUGUUCGAGUGUGUGUAAUUUUUCUGCUGUCACAUGCAAUACUGUGAGAUACAGCAAUGGCACUGGGGUUGGUGAUAUACAGUAUGUUCUCUCUCGAUGUCAUCUACCUCUAAGUUAAACACCUCUUUAUUCUAAACUAAUGCAAACUAUUGACCUGCUUUCUUAUGGCACUACUUCAAAAUCUUUGAUUUUGUUUUGUUUGUUUUUACAAAAAAUUCUGGUGCUUUCCUCUUUGAUCUUCUCCAGUCAAUUCUUGUUAAGUCAUGCUGUUCAGUCAUUUGUGGUCCACUCGUCAUUCAAAUGCUAUUUUUGCUUCAGCAGCUAUACUUCUGUAUUCUUUUUCUGUCUUUAUUCUUCUGCCACUCUUUUGCCACUUGAACUCCUUUCAUGCUUAUUUUAACCCGUUGUGUGCUUUACUUCCCUUUACUGUUUGCUUUCAAAUACUUUCUUUCUUAACUAAAGGCACUGUGCAUUCAUAUCUGCUUAAGAUCUUUUUAAAUGCCAAAUUACUGACUAAAAAUGAAUCAACAUUUAUUUUGAAGAC